UUUACCUAGUAAAUACAACAUGGCUAAAUGUGGUGAAUUUAUUAAAAGUCAAUUUCCAUUAAUUGAUGAGGACUUAAAAAAAUAUGUCGAAGAUAUUUUGGAUAACAGUGCGGGCGAAUUCGAGGACACAGAAGAAGUGUACGAAGCUGUCGGCGAAGUACUACAGGGGAUAUCGGAAAAAUCCGAGGAUGAUAUAAGGGAGAUAUGUGAGCAGCUACUCCACAUGCUGCAACCCAACAAAUCAUCCACAAAUAAUGGACCUCGAAAAGUUCUUGAUGCUCCGAUUCACUUGGCCUCAAUGUCUGCACCCACUGAAACGGAUGAUCUCAAAAGUAUAUGGCUACAAACUAGGGAUGAUACUCUGAAAGUGGAUGCCAGGAAAUUAGAAAAAGCAGAAGCAAAACUGCAACAAAAGCAACAGAAACAGAAAGAAGCUAAGGUCCCAGUAGUGGUGCCAGUUCUGCAGACUGCCACGGCAUCCCAGGUUACAUCAAAAAAAGACAACAAACUUGAAGCUAAGGGAACAAACCGAACACAGGACAUUAGGAUAGAGAAUUUUGAUAUUGCUUAUGGUGAUAGAGUAUUAUUACAAGGUGCAGAUCUUGUUCUAGCAUGUGGUAGACGUUAUGGUCUGGUCGGGCGUAAUGGUUUAGGUAAAACCACGCUCCUUAGGAUGAUUGCAUCAAGGCAACUGAAGAUACCAUCACAUAUUUCCAUACUGCAUGUUGAACAAGAGGUGGUGGGAGAUGACACUCUGGCAUUACAGAGCGUAUUAGAAUGUGAUACUGUUAGAGAAAAUUUGCUGAAACGGGAAAAGGAGAUUACUACCGCUAUUAAUAAUGGAUCAACAGACCCGAAUCUAUCAUCAGAGUUAACAGAGGUGUACGGACAACUGGAGAACAUAGAGGCCGACAAGGCGCCGGCUCGGGCGUCCAUCAUCCUCAGCGGUCUCGGCUUCACGCCGGAGAUGCAGGGCCGCGCUACUAGGACCUUCUCUGGAGGUUGGAGGAUGAGGCUUGCACUGGCCAGAGCCCUCUUCUCAAAACCGGACCUUUUGCUUCUCGACGAACCGACGAACAUGUUGGACAUAAAAGCCAUCAUCUGGUUAGAGAACUAUUUACAGAACUGGCCGACAACACUGCUUGUUGUUUCCCACGACCGGAAUUUCCUCGACACAGUACCUACAGAUAUAAUGCAUUUACACACACAAAGGAUAGACACUUAUAGGGGUAAUUACGAGCAAUUUCACAAGACAAAAACCGAAAAGUUGAAGAAUCAACAACGCGAGUACGAAGCUCAGCAGCAGCACCGUGCGCACACGCAGGAAUUUAUCGACCGGUUCCGAUACAACGCCAAUCGAGCCUCGUCAGUGCAGAGCAAAAUAAAGAUGCUUGAUAAGCUUCCCGAACUGAAACCAGUAGAGAAGGAAGUAGAAGUAGUGCUCCGGUUUCCCGAGACCGAACCUCUCUCGCCGCCCAUCCUACAGUUGAACGAAGUUGGUUUCUACUACUCUAAAGAUAAGAUCAUCUUUUCAAAAGUUAAUCUCGGCGCGACACUCGAAUCCAGGAUAUGCAUCGUGGGAGACAACGGAGCGGGCAAAACGACGUUACUAAAAAUAAUAAUGGGCAUCCUGUCGCCCACCAGCGGCAUCCGCAGCGUACACCGAGGUCUCAAGUUCGGCUACUUCUCGCAGCACCACGUCGAUCAGCUCGAGAUGAACGUUAAUUCUGUUGAACUGCUUCAGAAAAGUUAUCCAGGAAAAACAGUAGAAGAAUACAGAAGACAACUUGGCAGUUUCGGAGUAAGCGGUGACCUUGCGUUACAAACGAUAGCAAGCCUUUCCGGAGGUCAGAAAUCCCGAGUGGCCUUCGCCAGGAUGUGCAUGGGCAACCCUAACUUCCUAGUACUCGACGAACCUACCAAUCACUUGGAUAUUGAGACAAUUGAAGCGUUAGGAAAGGGCAUUAGCAAGUAUACGGGCGGUGUAAUCUUAGUAUCUCACGACGAGCGCUUAAUACGCAUGGUGUGCAAAGAGCUGUGGGUAUGCGGCAACGAAUCCGUGGCCAGCAUAGAGGGUGGUUUCGACGAGUACCGAAAGAUCGUCGAACGAGAAUUAGAACAGCAGAAUAAGUAAUAUAGCCUUUUCUGUCGUUCCAACAAAGCUAAGAAAGGUCAGCUUAAUUGAAUUUUUCUGAAGAGUUUAAUAGUGGGUGAUUGGUAAUUUUCAUAAUUUCCUUUGUACGACUAAGGAACAUUGAAGCUAUCAGCGCAAAAGGGUUGUUACUUCUUUCGUGGGUGUACACCAC